AUGUUCACAGACUCCAGUAGGGUUCUCCGAUCGCCGCACAACCUACAGGUCGACAAGCUUUGCCCAAAUUGGAAGGUCAUGUCGUGGGUCAGUGGAGCGGUUGGCCAAUGGGAGAGACCCAGUUGGGUGUCGCUAUUGGCUCAGUACGCUCCCCAGCAGCCUCAACAGGCCUAUGGCCAGGGCGGAUACCAGCAGGGCUACCAACAGGGAGGAUACCAGCAGCCACAGUACUACCAGCAGGGUCCUCCCCAGCCCGUCUACGUGCAGCAGCAGCAGCCCCAGGGCGGCAACAACGACUGCUGCUGCGGACUGUGCGCUGGUCUGGCCUGCUGUCUGUGUCUCGACUGUCUCUUCUAA